GGGACAGAAGCUGGGCACGCCGCGGGGACGGGCGUCCUGCAGGGCUGCCUGGGGGCACCCACGGGUCCGGGGCACCCGCGGCGAGCCCCGGCGGGACACCGCUCUCCGGAGAAGGAGAGGUAAAGGCAGGGCCGGCAGCUCCUGCAAGGGAGCCCUCACCGGGGGGCCGCCUUACCUCAGGGACUGCCAGUAGCCACCGUGGAUGUAGACAAAGGCGGGGAAGGCUGCGUGGGACAGCACGGGAUGGGACAGCAUGGGAUGGCAGAGGUGAUCUUCGGGCCGAUGUUCUCCGGGAAGAGCACGGAGCUGAUGCGGCGGGUGCGGCGGUUCCAGCUCGCCCAGUACCGCUGCCUGCUGGUGAAGUACGCCAAGGACACGCGCUACGGCACCGCCGGGCUCUCCACGCACGACCGGAACACCAUGGAGGCGCUCCCCGCCUGCCUCCUCAGGGACGUGUACCAGGAGGCGCUGGGCGCCGCGGUCAUCGGCAUCGAUGAGGGGCAGUUCUUCCCAGACAUCGUGGAGUUCUGUGAGAUGAUGGCUAACGCUGGCAAAACGGUCAUUGUAGCUGCUCUCGAUGGAACUUUCCAGAGAAAGGCGUUUGGGAGCAUCCUGAACCUGGUCCCGCUGGCUGAGAGCGUGGUGAAGCUGAACGCGGUGUGCAUGGAGUGCUACCGAGAGGCCUCCUACACGAAGAGGCUGGGAGCAGAGAGGGAGGUGGAGGUGAUCGGAGGCGCAGACAAAUACCACUCCGUCUGCCGAGCCUGCUACUUCCAAAAGCGGCCCCAGCAGCUGGGGUCAGACAACAAAGAGAACGUGCCCCUGGGGGCGAAGCAGCUGGAUGUGCCCGCUGCCCGAAAGAUCUUCACUUCCUGAUUGCUGCGCUUCGGUGGGGGGGUGGGGGGUGGGGGGAACGAGGGAAGAAGCCGAAUGCUCCCAGACUUCAGAUCCGGCUUCCCCUGCUUUUAGCAAAACUGUAAAGGGUCCCGGCUCUGAGAGCUCUGCCUGCCAAACCAGCCUGCGGGGCCUCUGCUCCAGGAGCCAGGAUCAGCCGGAGCUGAUGCCGGGGGGAGCUGACGACAGAGGCUGACUGUACGGGAGGUCCUUUCUCAGAGCACGGAAAAGUUUUAAUGACUGACGCUGCCACACAAGCAGGUACUGGAAAGCUGCCGCGCCGGGCUGCAGGGCACUGGUCGCUCGUCACAGCCGUGGGCUCUGCACCCAGCGUGCGUUCAGCCUGGUGGCUUGCAGUGAACACAACCAGUUCUUUCUCUCCUGUGCUGUUGCUAAAUUCCAGUUUUUUUAAGACAAUGUGCAGUAACUUAGUAUCCAAAACCCAUUUCCUUUUUAAUGUAGUCUGGGGAGAUGGCCCUUUCCUUGCCAUGGAGCCGUGGCACAACCUCAGCUGACACAGCAGCAGCCUGGCCCUCAGCAGCCUCUUAACGACGCUGUGCAGCCUGCCAGCCGGCUGGUAACUUGCUGGAGGUGUCUUGCAAGUUUUUUAAAAUAGAAGAGGGGAGAAGGAGGGCUUGAUUUGCCUGCCUGACUCCUAGGCUCUUUCUAGCCUUUGAAGUUAAAAAGUGCGGAGUCUAGUAAGAGUCUGCAUGUUAAAGCAGACUCCUUUGGAAAUACACCACUUCAGGAAGAGUCACCUCUAAAAUCAGGACUUUCUGCUCAAGUGCUGCCACUUCACAAUGCUUAGUUAUCUGUGAAGGGUUUGGAGGCUCAGGACUGAAUUUGUAAAGGAUUGGGCUACAGUUACUGUUAAAAUGCAGCUACCUGGAAAAGGGUCUCUGCUUUGAGUAAAUGGUUCUUGACUCUAGAUCCCAUAUCCAGCUCCCUCCUGAGCCUUCCAAAAAUUUGAGCCUGCUUCCUUUGCUGUAACAUAACUGGAGGAUCUUCCUUCUCCCCUUUGCUUGACUCAGCUUCUGGAAGGGUUUUCUCUUUUUUUUCUUUUUUUUUUAACUUCUCAUAAAAGUGCUUUUUAAAGUCAGAAUCCUCAAGCUCCAAGCGACAGGAUUCUGGUCAGGCUGAUUAGGUCAGAUCUCCGUGCUCAAACCGCCUCCUGUCUCCGGUGCUUGUUUACUUACACACGAGUGAGGAGGAGGCGCCCGCCAAGAUAGUUUUGAGAGUUGCCUGAAAUCUCUGCUCUGCAUUCCUUGAAGCAAUUACAGCUUUAGUAUUCACAAGCACUUCACUGCCAGGCCUGGGCUUUCCCCCGAAGGACGAGGGGAGGCAGUAGUACUGUUCUGGGUUAAUAAAGAACUUGAAACUGCC